CAAAUCGCAUCUACAACUGUGAUGAAUCUGGAUUAACAUGUGUUCACAAGCCUUUAAAAGUAAUAGCUCAUAAAGGCCAACGUGUUGUAUCUUCAGUAACUAGUGGUGAGAGAGGCCAAACAACAACUGUUAUACUAGCUUUUAAUUGUGUGGGACACUACAUACCUCCUAUGAUUAUUUAAAAAAAAAAAACGGAUGCUAGAUUCAUUGAUUGAUGAUGCACCACCAGGAACAGUUGGACGCUGUUCUAAAAGUGGUUGGGUAGAUACAAAUUUGUUUAUGGAUUUUAUAUAAUCUUUGAAAAGUGCUUAUAACUUAGUAUGCACAACAUGGAUGAGAAAGCACCCAGGAAAAAGAAUUACAGUUGAUAAACUUUCAGGACUAUUUUGUCAAGCUUAUGUGAAAGCAGCUACAGUGGAAAAUGCUAUUUCUGGAUUUCGAGUAACAGGCAUCAAUCCUUUUAAUCUAGAAAUCCUUCCUGAGUCAGAUUAUUUUGAAAAUCCAUGUUUAAAAGAUAGUAAUACAAACAUAAUAUUUAAUGAAAUAGCAGAUACAAAUCCUGAACAAUCAUCUACAACUAAUUCUUUAAUUGGGCCGAACCAAAAUUCGUAUGUUCAAACAUCCAUUGCUAGUUUUUCAGUUAAUGAAAUAAAUGCCUCGUUGUCAAUUUCAAACUCUCAACAGCUUUCUUUUACUGAUAUAUUAUCAAUUCCAGCUAUUGAAGUGAAGACAACAAAAAGAAAGGGAGAAAAUUCAGAAAUUUUGACAAGCACAUCGUAAAAAAAACUUUGCAGGAGGGGUUGGAAAACAAAAAAAAAAGUUAAAUACAACAAAAAAAGACCAUCAGAAAAAAAGAUUAAACUAAAAAAAGAUGAUAAAAUUAAAUAUGGAGAAAACCAAAAAAUAUCAGAGUCUAGCCAGAAAUGUGUCCAAUGCUUUAGGUGUAAAUUAUGGUACCAUGAAGUUUAUGUUGUUAAGUUAGGGACAGAUUUUUUGUGUAAACUGUGUGUGUGCCAUGAUUAUAUUUAAACAUUCUAUGAUCCAUUAAUUUAUGUCUUAUAGUUGAGUAUAACUUGUGCAACAAUUUGUUCGGGUGGUGCUUAAGUUUGAACUAUGUUUAAUAUCUAUGUUUAA